CGCUUUAAGGAGGUUAAAAAGAGGAAAAAAAUUAAGAUAGAGAUCAUUUUUCUUAAAGAUUUACAUAAUGAACUCUUUGGCGAGAUUUUCACGUGGAAAAUUAUGUCAAGAUUUUAUAAUACGGUUGCAGUCAACUGCAACGUCGUCCAUAUCUUCAGAUGUUCAUAUUCCAAAUAGAAUAGAACGUGGUCCGACGGAUAUUUUAAAGGCUCUUGAAAGUACGAUAUCUAGAGACUAUACAGCACCCCAUUAUAAAUAUCAUGAUGAUCCUUACUUGACACCUCGGUCAAGAGGGCAAAUUCGUGUGUUUGCUUUAGCAAAGGAAUCAGGAAAGAAAGCAGCAAUGUGGAUUCGUCAGGAACAUAGUGAUUUGUUUCAACAUAAAGUAGCAGAGCCUUCAAUUAAGGCAUUUGAGCCACCUUCCAUUUACACAGAAGAGAAUAAAGUAACAGAGGAAACAUUAUUGUAUGAAAUAUCAAAUGGUCAUGUUCCCAAUGCUGUUCUGAUAUAUGAUUUGUUAAAAGGUGAAGUGUCAGUAUCAGCAAAGCAGGCUCUUUUGGAAUUGCUGUGCUUUUAUAAUAAUACUGAACCUAUCAGCACCGAGUUAUUGGAGUCUCGUUGGUUUCAGAUAGAUCAAACACGUAACAAAACCGUAUGGAUAAACCGCCCACACAUCGAUACGUUGUUCGAGUUCUUGAAAAAACAAGAAUCUGCAGUAGCAGCUGCUGCGUAUGAUAUUAUGAUACGUGGUUUGACCAAGUAUCACAAUGUGGAGAAAGCUUGGUACUUGUAUACAGAAUGUCAAGAAAAUAACAUACCUUUAUCUGUCGAGGCCUAUAAUGCUGUAAUGUCAAUGACAUCACAGUUGAAAGAGGCAGAUGACCAAUCAAAGACGUUGAUAAAGAAUAUAUACACAGCAAUGGCUAGGAACGGAAUCAUACCAAAUAUACAUACUUUCAACGCUGUCCUUAACACGGCGUCUAUUCUGAAAAAUAAACGCGCAGCUCUCGACUUAACGUGCAACGUAUUCGCUGAUAUCGCGAAAUUUAACCUGAAACCAACGUUAACUACAUAUUAUUAUGUACUGCGAGUUUUACAAAAAUUCGGUGACGCGGCGUACAAGACUUUUAUCAAAAUCUUACAAUUUUUGAAAGAGGAAACUCUUAUCAUCCAAGAUCAGAGAGACUUCAAUUUCUUUGUUACUGCGAUGGAUAUGGCAUCAAAGAAAUACUGCAAACGUGAAGCGGGUGAAAUGUUGAACGAGCUUCUUCUCAUCGGUGAAAACUAUAAAUUCAUUGGCGAUAGUAUGAAAGAAAAUGUUUAUUAUCGAUCGUAUUUAGAAUUAAUUUUGGCAACAGAGGAUUUCGAAACAUUUUUUAAACUCUACAGCAAACUCGUACCGCACGUAACCGUACCGGAACCAUAUGUGAUAAAGACUAUAUUGGAAGCUCUUCAAUUACAUCCCGGGCAAACUGCCACGCAGUAUGUACCAAAACUCUGGUCACACAUACUCAUGUUCGAUUAUCUGGACAAGGAAGGCUUACUGGAGAAUUUAGUGUACUUGAUGAAAGUGCAUUGUAAACCUGAGCCUAAUUCUCCAUUGAACGCACAGUUUGCGGAGUACGCAGUUAUUAUCUGGGAUCACGUACAAGAUCAAACUUCUGGAAAACUAGAACAUAUAUCCAAUACAGUGGCAGGUAAUAUCAUAAUACUGCUUCUACGUGGGGAUUACUUUGACAAGGCAGUAGAAGUUAUAUCGACAUUAAAUAGUUCGCCACAUUUAAUAGUCGGUGUCAUCACAAAAGAACAUAUAAACGAAAUAUUUGAACUGUGUUUGGCGCAAGCGCAUGUGCCGGCGAUUUUUACUCUUUUGGAAUACGUGACGUCUUGCAGUUUAGAAGGAGCUGGGGAAAUGGCUAAGAAGCUGCAUAAAACUGUACCGCUCACCUCGUCUCAGGAAAAUAUAUUAACUAGCUUAGUAGGUGAUGUUUUCAAAUUGCAGGCCUUUGAUGAAAAUUAGUUUUUUAUCGAAAUUGUAUAUAUUUGGUCCCGGAUAUUGUUACUUUCUUAAAAACUGUAAUAAUAGAGUAGAAAUAUACAUG